AUGAAGGAGCAAAAGAAGAAGCUGGGACGAAGGCGAGUUUACGGAAUGUCAAAUGACCCCAAUAUCGACCCUGGAGGGCAAUCGUUGGAGGCGUCCAGUGUGGAUGCCUUCUUCCCUGACCAUGGUCAACCGGGGCCAAGUACUGAUGUGGUCACACAGCCACAAGGUCCUUUUCCACAAUACAUGGUAACAGAUGAUAAUAUGUGGAUACAACCGCUAACGGAUCAGGUUUAUGAGGACGAAUAUGGGAAUUAUCAUGAAAUACAUGAUAUUGAGCAGCAGCCUGAUCACAUCGAAGAAGUCUAUCUGCUCCCUGAUGAAGAACGAGAUAUUGAAAUGAUGAGAAACGGCGUCGGAAGUCUCCAAGUUGCUGCUCAUGAAGUUGUUGUUGACGAGAUGUUAGGAACUUCUGUAGAACCUGAGCAAUAUAUGCAGCAAGUGCCCACACAAGUCGUUAGGGGAUUUCCUCAGCAGUACGUGCAGACUGUACCACGACAUGUUGUGCGUCCAUCACAGCCUCAGACGAUUAUGUCGAAUGCUGGUCAAAAUCGGGUACGAUAUAUCGUUCAACAUACGUCUCAAACAGUGGAAGUACAGCAAAGUCAGUCCGUGUACGAAAUGAGGCCGAUGGCGAUGUUCGAGGGACCCUCAAAUCAGGCUUUAAUACCACACCAACAGCAGCAAGUUAGCCGACCUGUCCCAAGUAUGCGGUCAAGAUCUAAAUCGCAACCUCGGCGACCGUUAUAUGGAGAGCUCGAGGAUGAGUCGCUUGCAUAUUUGGUCCAGGAGCAUGAUGAAAACGAAUGGGAUGGUGUGCAGUUGGAGGAUCACGAGUACUUUGUUGGAGGACAGCAAGAACGAGAGGCGAUUUUGAACUCGAACGAGGAUGAGCUCGCUCAGUCGGCUGUACCACCGCCGAAAACUAUUCAACGUCCAUAUUUUCCGCCAAAUCUGUCGCCUACAGAGAAGAAAGAAUAUUUGUUCGUCAAUUAUAAAAAGGCUUGCGAUCGGUACUUCCCAUUCGCGAACGUCGCUGUACUGGAAGCGGACACGAGAUAUAAGCCAGUUGAAGCGUUUGCCAGCGAUUUAUAUCGGUUUCAUUCGAGAGGAGCUCAUAUUCAUGGAUUCUUCCGAACGGUUAUCGAUGUGCGGGAUCGUCCCAGUCAUGAUCAAACGCGAUAUAUCCAGGACAUCCAGUUUGGGAAAGUAUUUCCUCUUUUCCCGGACUACGACGAAUGGGAUGAUAAAAUGCGUGAUGAGUUUCGUCAGUUGUCGAAUCGGCUGAUGCGAAUCUUUGAACGAAAGUGCUUUUAUGCGCAGUCUGGUGGUACUCAUGGAAAAGCGCCGGUCAUCAGGCCAGGUCCGAAGUCGAAUCCGAAACCUCCACCAGAUUAUGCUGAACAGCAGAGGGUUCAGGUGACGGGAAUACCGAAAGGUUUCCAUCCUGUAAGGGCGUCCUACACCCAGACGAAACCAGGUCCUACAAAACAUUCACUGCCUGCGGUUGCUGCUGUUGUGCAUCCGGCUUCAUCUUCUACUAGGCUAACGCCAUUGGAUGACGACACUGCUCUGAAUGAGCCAGUUCCUGUACCGCAAGACGUUGGAGCUUCUCGAGUUGAGGCAUUCGAGCACAAUAGAAGGGUAGGUAUUAAGCGGAUCGUGAACGAAGCAUUUGGUAAUCGUGAGCCGGCCUCGUCACAGUAUCAGGAGCAACAGUCGUUCGGAUCGUCAGAUCCACGCUCUUACGUUUGUCGGGUGCCACCAGGGCCUUCCAAGACCCUUCGACAUCAAAGAUCAAUCGCAUCGAAAGCGAUACGUAUGAUAGCGAACAGAACGAUCGAGCCAGUAUUUGAUCCUGCGACUGGUCGCUACGUUGUUCCACUUGAAGGUCUGCGCAGUCAAGGUAUCACAACACUUCCACCUGUUGAAACAACGAGGAGAUACAUUCCACGUCCGGUACAUACUCUUCGAGAAAUGGCCGAUUCUGCCAGGAGAGGCCCUAGCGCUUCUGUUCGGCCAAUAUGGAGUGCAGCUGGGCGACCACAAGGAGCACGAGUGUCGAGAAUCGAUCAAGCUCCGCGAUUUACGUAUAAUUCGUCUGGAGCCGCAGUUCCUCAACAUCAGCCACAACCAUCAAGCUCAGCUGGUACUAGAGCACCUUUACUGAAAAAUGCUGCAACUGCGCAGGUCCCACGAAGGCCUGGUGUUCAUAUGGGAAACACCGUGGCUGCUCCUGCGGUGACGCGGAAUGACCACGUAUAUCCUCGAAGUCAUUCUUCUGGACGUACUGCUCCUUCUUCUAAUAACUACCGUCGAAGUGCAUCUAGUGGACGACCAGCAUCAGGGCAAGCGAAAGAUGAUGCAGAUGACGGUCUCGAGGAAUUCAUUCAGGUCGACGAUGAGCCCAUCGUAGUUGAUGCUUCCCAAAAUCAGGAUUUGGUACCAGCUUCGAUGGGUGACCAUGCACCGACCACAUUUACUCAAGAAAUGCAACCUCAAUUACCGGAUCAGAACACUGCUCCAGCUAGUGCUAAAGGAUCUUCUGAUUCGAGAGUUAUUCCUUUUAAUGAGCAGAGAGUCGAGAAGCGCUAUGUUCAAGUAAGGGAUGAGCAUGGGUUUUUGCGACGUUGUCUGAGAUUGCCAGACGGAACUCUUGUUGCUAAGAAUCGCAAGACGAAGUCUUACUCGAGGAUUUGUGUGCCACAGAGUGGAACCGAGGCCAGGUCGGCUGCAAGUCAAGAACAUAAUCGAACACCGACUGCUGGUGCCGUGUAUGCAAUACAUUCUAUGGGAAGAAAAGACGAAAAACGACCAAUAAAGCAAACAGAGCAGCAGUGGAAACGCUCGCAAGCAUCAGUGGCCCCAUGGAGCCAUACUGCUGCAGUGGUACCACAACGACAGGAUCCUCCCAGACAUGUGCCAAAUGAGCUUCCUUAUGAGAACCGAUCGGAACAGCCCACGAAAGGGAGGACUAAGCGGAAAGAUGCCCUGUACUCGGACGACGACGAUGACAUUGUUGUGAUAAGUGAACGUCUGCAAGAUAAGAAGCCCAGAUCCCAGAGUCGUCGUUCACGGAAGUCUGUAAAGGAGCAGGAUCCGGGUGUAGUUGUGGCUCGAAAAAGCAGAUCUCGUACACCAAAACAGUUGUCUCGGAUUUGUGGAGUCCCACAAACUCCUAAGACUGAUGAGCAACGCAGGGAAUCACUUCGACGCCGAUUAGCCAAGCAAGAAGAAGAGGAUUCCGAGAACAUAGUAGUUGAUGUCCUCACAGAAGACCAAGAGCUAGCUAAGGAGAUUGAAGAACUUGUCGCUUCCCUUCCUCCUCCCGAUCCCUCUGAUGUUGUGGAGCCGGUGGUCAAUGAACGAAAGAGGGCUGGGCGUCCACCCAAGAAAUUCCGAGGGCGGAUGGCGAGAGAAAAGCAAGCUAUACGAGACGCAGAAAUAGCCGAGAAGGUAGCAAUCAAACAUCGAGAGCUACCUGUGCUUGACCUGGCUCUGAAAGUGAUAGAAGAUCCAUCAGUCGAACUACCUAAUGAGGCUCCCAUUGUGUUUGAUAACCUUGCAGCACUCGACACGAGCAUGCUUCACGAGGUUGGCGAAGUGCUGAAGGAAUUGGUAACCAAAGUCUCAUUGAAUGAACUGCGAAAGCCUAAAAGAGAGAUUAAGUCACGCACACGACGCUGUUGGGAGCAUUUGCCGGAACGUGUUCCGUCCAGAAGACAGGAAUACCGCGCCCUGAAAGUUCCUGUUCAAGAGCGAAGUCCGCCUCCACCACCACUGAAAUCCAAGUCGAGAGGUCGCGCUUACAAUAAAAAUCAACAAAUAAUUAGUGCUAACACGGCGCUACAGUAUGAUGGUGACACCUCCCUCGGCAGUCUUGAUUCAGAGCCUACACCAGCAAAGGUACUUAAUAGUUUUAAUAGUGAGUACCGAGAGAGUCUCAUGUGUCUGAUUCUGAAGGAUUUCGCCUCUUCGUCAUCAACAACGCCACAGCCGGCGAAGGCAAUUCCAACGCCACUUCAAAAGGUGCCACAAUCCAAUCAAUCACAAAAAAGCCCUGAAAGACUUAGGACUGUUCCUUGCGUGAGCUAUGAUGAUGUGAAUUUGAACGAGGAGGAUCUGGUGGAUAUCAACGUCGACACGUUUUUCUCGUCGGCUGAGAAUUUCGAUUCGUCAGCGUCUGGCGAUGAAACCGAUACACCAUCUCAGAACAUACGGAAGAAAUUCCGCGAAUUUCUUGGUGAACCGGAUAGCUCUGUUCCGUUAUCUCCCACAAAAGUCGGCCAUGUCAGCAAGGUUGUCGAGAGGGAGAAAGUCAUCGAAUGUGAUUCUGGAUCAGUGCCAAACACCUCUUCAGCGACUUCAUCUGCGCGAUUUCAACAAGGCCAGGAGAAAGGCGAGUUCAAUGGCUCUGUCGAAGAAUCGGCUGUGAGAACAACCCAUCAUCUAUCGUUGGAGGGUGACAGUUUUUCUUUGAGUGCUAAACCAGCAGAAGGUCUUUCGCAGUCCAGUAAUGUGCUGAAUUCGUCGGUCGAUGUAUGCAAUAAGGUCGAGACCAUGCUCGAUGUCAUGGAGCUUUCGCUUCAAAGCAGUGAAGCCGUACCGGCAUCAGUGGAUGUGGAUCUGGAUAUGAACACACUGCAAGAAGCUUUUGCUGGUGAAAAUCUUAGCUCUACCCAGCAGUUUUCAAAACCCUUUAUGGGAUAUCACGCUAACCGUGCCGCUGAAUUGAUUGCUGGUCCACUUGACAUCGAUGAACUCAUGCUAGAGAUAGAAGCUGAGUUUGGUGAUCUGAACUAUACGGAACGAGUUCCUUGCGAAUAUGAUUCGACCGCUCCUCAGCAGUUUCCGCCUUUGAAUCUUCAACCUGUCAUGCGCGAACCAAUUGAAUACGCGGACACAGUGUGCUUCGAAGCCUGCCGAAAAGAACAACAUUACUGUCAUUCGGUGACUAUCGCCAUUCCUUGCACUGAUGCAUGUUGUCUAUCUCUACCGGCUGAGGUAUCCGUUGAAUUAGUUGCUCCCGAAAAGGAUGAACGAUUGACGGACGACUGCCACGCGAGCAUUACUCUGCCGGAGUACGGCUGCACGACUACAAAAUGGCAGUGUUCGUUCCAUACAGCAAAGAAGCGUUUUAGCAGAAAUGCCGAACAUUUCGAGGUGUCGCGGACGAUGCGGUUGGUCGCUCAGGAUAAAGCUGUGUUGAGCAUUGCUGAUUCGGAAUCGGCAUUUUCCCCGAAGGUCUCUGAUCCUACAAGAAAUCUGUCGACUGAGAAUGAGUUCGAAAGAGAUCAUCUCUCUGCUGUGAAGACGAUCCCGCUUCGAAUGUUCGAGUCCUGCUCAUUGAGUUGUACAGCGAACAAUUCUACAUUUAAAAAACCGAAAAUUGAAGAAGAUGUAUCACAAACGGUGCCUUGCGUCAACACGGAUUCUACUUCUUUGUCCGCUGUUGCAAUCAGUUGUGCCCUAGUCCUUACAGGGCACACUGAAAUAAUUUCGGCGCUACUUGCUACGAAGAAUUCCGACUCUGUCGAUUCGCAUGCAACGUGCUCUUCCCAAAAGCCAUCCACUUCAUUUGAGCGUGGCAUUUCAUCAACACUAGGCGAUAGCUCUGACAGGCUGAGUACUGAAGAAGACAUCGAGUGGAGGAAUAUCUCUCGCUUAAAACGAAUCGAUCUCCAGAAGUCCUAUGCAAGAUUGUCUCCUAGUGAUCUCGCCCUUUUGAAACACGAUGGUGUGCGAUUACCAGUUAGUGGAGAAGAAGAGGGCGACACUCCAACAAAAGACGCUAAAAUUAUAGUGAAGACAGAUCCCGAAAUUGCGUCCGAUGUUUUGGAAGAUCUCGUAAAUACAAUAAAUACAACUACUAGAAGCUUCACGGAAGUGGUCGAACCACAGAAGUUGUGCGUCAUUCCACCAACAACGCCUUCUAAAGGUGAAAAGGAAUUGGCGUUAUUACGGCUUGAGACAGAAAUCUCCAAUGUUUUCAACGAACCGACGGAAAUAUGUAAAGACGCCUCCCCACGUAAAGCAGUGUUGAAAAUUGAACCGUUGGAAGAAAUUUCCACUGAAGAGGCUCAGAAAAAACUUUUGGAAGCUCCUUCACCACUGGCUGCAUUGCACUUUGAUCGAAAAUUCACUGAAGAGUCUGUGCUGCUGGACGCUGAAUUUCUAGCUGCAGGAAGCUCAUCUGCAGCAACAGACUUCUCCGUGGAACAUGCCAUCACUGUUUCCAAGGAGCUGGAAAAGGUCUCAUUGAAGGUCCUGACACCCAUUCGCAGGAAGCACCGAAAACGACAACAAAAGAGGGCCGGCCAGAAGUUGACUUACCUUCGCAGUGAGGAUACUCUCGGCAGCGGGUUUUCCGAAGUUACGUAUCUAGAGCAAUGCUAUUUACAAUCGCCAGAUUUGUUCGGUAUUGGAGACGGUACUCGCAAGAGAAAACGCAAGUCAAGGGUGGAGAGAUCGCAAAGGCGUGCGACUGAAGAUGCUAACCGGGAAGCAGAAAGCGAAGUCGCGCUUAUUCAUUCCGAGAACUCAGCAACACGCAAAUACACUCUUUUGCAAAGUGAUGUUAAACUGGCCUUGGAUCGCUUGUGGAGAAGACAGGAGCCGAGACCUUGUCAUGGACGGUUUAGUGCGCUGGUAGAACUCUGUAGAAGCAAGGUUAUGAAUCUUGGUAUUGACCCGAUACGCAUCGACCAAGGCUUUCUGGCAACAGAGAAAAUUUGGUCGAGUCUAGGAAGAAGUUGGAGAGAUACAACGAAAAUGCCUUACCCACGUGAAUCUACUGUCGCCAUUAUCGCAUCAAGGCCUCGUAACCAUCUUAUUUCUGAUUUCAAUCUGACGAUGAUAAAGCCCAUCAAUCCAAUCGUCCGGUGUGAAGCUGAUAUGGGUCCACUCCUGGCCUCGCUGCAUCCUGUUUCACCUCUUCGUCUGUCGCGCCCUCGUGUUGAAGGUAGUUUGGAAAAUGCAUUUGCGCAGUACGACAGAGGUGUGAAAACAUUCCGGUCCACAACGCACUGGUCGCUUCACUUUCUGAUGGAUGCACAAUUGUUCAUCUUAGACAUCCUUUAUGAAUUGUGGGAGUAUACAGCAAGAUCCGUGCAGCUGGCUGUGUUUAACACGUAUCAGUGCUCUCUUUGGGAAAAACAUCAUCAAGUUUUUGAUGCCCGAAUGUAUUGCCUUCUUUUCGAAAUGAAUGCAGCGGCAGCUCUUUCGUCUAAGAUCGAGACUUGUUGCUCCUAUAUCAGGCGAUUUGAAGAGUGGAAUAGGAAAACAAACAAUUUCUCCACAGUGUACAAUCACGUGUACGGGCUCGCCUUGUCAUUGAUCAAACUUGUCGCUAUCCCGAACGCACUGAAACGUCUACAAGCCAUGACACACUGGAACUCAAAAGCCCGUCCAUCAAAAUCGAGCGAAGAAAUUUUUCUUGUCGAUCUCAUUCCAUUCUUCCAAGUCGGCACCUGUCCGUUUACACCUGAGGGGCUAGAUGUGGAGAAGUUAGUGGACGGUAAGAAGUCGAUGGUAACGCAAACACUAGAGCAUUUGCUAAGUUUUGAAGCGGCACAGGAUAACAAUCUCGUGGAUUCGUUUUGCUUUCUGUUUCCCUCGCACUCUGUUGUAGAGCUCUGUCAAGUUCAAAUUCAAAAGGAAGUGUCAGCGUACUACAACAAACACCUGGACGAUGUACUGCGUUUGGACCAUCAUCAUCUGUCCAUGCUUUCACCAAUGGCUAGGGCUUACAUUCUGUCACGUAAUCACGAGGCUCGUGCCAAAUCCCUAAUGCGAAACAAUAUCAUGAAUCUCGACAAGCUCAUUGCGAAGCUGAACAUCGCAUUCGAUGAGUUGUCGACGAACGUGGAAGAAAUGAAUCAGGCAGAAUUCGACUAUCCAUGUGGUCAAGUGGUAUUCGAUUACGAAGGUGGUAAGGUAAGCGUGAGUAUCAACAACGUCAACGCUGAGGAUACUCGCGUGCCCACUCCAAAUCUAAUCGAAGAAGCUCGUCGUCUUAUGGGUGAUACUGUUAAGAACACGGUAGGCGUCCUACUCUCCUUCAUUGAGUGGCAAGCUCGAUCAGUUCCUGAAAAUUUUGUUCAGGUGUUUCAUCCAAUCCCUCAAGUCAACAAUGAGUUGUCAUUGAAGCGUGAUCGUGUGCAGAAGUCGGUUGACAAGGUGAAGAACUGGGUGAUGACCAUUCCGACCACGUACGAAGAUGAUGUCGACAAUGAUUUGGAAUGUAUGGAUACAUCCAAUGAGCCCAUGGAAGUCGUUUAUCCGAGUAGCCCUGCUCGCAUCACUGUGAUUGAUGAUGAAGACGAUGACGACGAUCCAGCAGUGCACAUUCCCAGAAAGAAGAGAAAGGGUCCGCAGAAUGAUACUGUAACAACCACCAUCGCUGGACGCAAAAUUCAAUAUAGUAUCGAUACGGAGCGGGGAGUGUUGAAGAUGAAGACGAUGGAUUCUGCGUUGAACGAUGCAUCAACUGAUGAUCUGACCGCAACAAAUACUUUUACCAGUGCAUCGUUCAGUUCAUUUGAUCAAAUUGAAACACUGAAGAUCAUACGCUCCACAGAUACUGGUGAACUCAACUGGUUAGCGAUGAUUGAGAACGCUCUGGAAGCGGCUCCUCCUCCGGAGACAUUGCCAACCUUCCUACAAAAGAGCGAAUCACUUGCAUACCAGACCAUUGAUAUUAUGAAAGCUCAUGAAUAUGCGAACCACUUUGUACGGGAGACCAACGAUGACGGGGAAUUCCUUGAUCUCCGCAAAGAACAACGGGAGAAGAUCCGCCAGUUCCAGCUUGUCGAUUAUUUUGAGCGUAGAAGAAAUGCCCGGUUCGAAGCGAUCAGCAGUGACAAAUCGCUCGAAAUGCCUCGGCCUGGUCCAGGGGAGCGUGACAAGAUCCCAUUGUAUGCAUUAUGGUUGCGUGAGGUGUUGCAGUACGCGGAAAUUGAAAAGAAGAGAUUAACGCAGCUGAAGCCGGUCAAUUUUGUUGGUCGCUGCCGAGCGGCUCGUUCUGAAAUGAUUCGGGAAUUCGAUGUUCCAACAAAACGAAAGAAGAGAUCGGCAUCGUCACCUCCUUGGCUUGGCCGCACAAUAUACGAUCACUUUGGUGAAUUCUUCUCUCUGGGAAUGGCUCGACUCGAAUACGAAGUUGCUGGACGCAAUCUGCGUGAAGAAGGUCAACUUGGCGCUCAUGAUGACACUAUCACACACUACUUCGUGAGCCGAAAUAACUCUCCGUCAACAGUGGUCGAUCCGUUGGAAUUAUUAGAAAAUCCGUAUGCGUUUUUCCGCCCAACGCCAUCCAAACGCAAACGAGCGGUUUCGCCACUGCUGGAAAGUUCUUUGGUGAAGCGUGUGCACCUCUCGGAUCCACCUGUGUUUGCUCCGUUUGCAACGUCAAUGGAUGAACCUGAAACGCUCUAUCCACCAUACUGUUCCGAUUAUGACUCUAGCGACGAAGAUGACUAG